CUGUGCUUACUAAACUAAACGGACUAAUCAGAGUAUUGCUUUCUGGUUGUAUUUUUUUAAAGCUUUGAAAUAUUCAUUCAGUCAGUUGAAGCUUUUUUAGUAAAUAACUGAAAAAAGUGAAUAGAUAAUUCGAUUCUUUAUUCAACAUAUUCGGAGGUUCAGUUUAGUGAUGUACACAUUUAUUACGCAUAUUUACUCAUCUCUCCCUGACUUGAUGUUGCGAAUUUCAAAAUGAAUUCAUGUAAUAUUAUAUCUUGUGCAGUAUGUGGACAUACUGAUAAAUUAUAUAGUUGCUCCCGUUGCAAGUUAAUAUUUUAUUGUUCAAAAGAACAUCAGAAAAAAGAUUGGAAGAAACAUAAAAUUAAUUGUGGGAAAUCCUUGGAAGAUAAAAGUUUUGGCAGAGGUAACGUUACAUAUAUUGAAGAAAAACAGUCACCGUUCGACAGAAUUAAAAUAGAAAAUUCUUCAAUUACCCCUCCUAGAACUCCACCUCUUUCCAAUCAGUCUUUGACAGAUUCUCCAAGUACAUCAGGUAUAUCAACAGCGAAUUUCUCUAAACAGUCCAGGACUUUAGAAGCUCAGCUAACACCUCCAUCUACACCAGAAACUGAAGAGAAUAAAAGUAAACUGUGUACAGAAGACCCUACCUCUACUACAUUACAAAACGGUGCUAUUAAAUUAGUACGUCAAGAAAGUAGUGCCUCUGUCUCAAUACCUCAACAAGGAAGUGCUGAAAGUGAAAUUUUAGCAACAGCCAUUGAACGAUUGUGCUUCUAUCCACAAAGUCUUUACAAUACUUUAUCAAAUCAAGAAACUGUUCAUCAACAAAAAAUGCCAGUUAAUAGAAGGAACAUUGUACCUAGUACUAAUGAAUUCAGGCAAAGAUCUGAUCCUGCUUUCUUACAUUUAACACCUACAGAUGAUAUGGUGAAUAUAAUUAUUGAAGAUUUAAAUGCUCAUGGCCUUUGUGUUUUGGAUGAUUUUUGUGGCCCUCAAAUAGGAAAAGCAGUGUUACAAGAAGUGUUGAACAUUUAUAGUAAAGGAAUUUUCCAGGAUGGUCAAUUGGUAUCGAAGAGUAAGAAUGAUGCGCAGUCUAUUCGUAGUGAUAAAAUAUUGUGGGUGGAUGGCAAAGAGCCUCAUUGCAGAUUCAUUGGACAAGUUUUGAAGAAAAUAGAUAGUUUGGUUAUGAGAGCUAAUAAAACUCCCAAUAAUGGAAAAUUAGGUUGUUAUAAUAUAAAUGGCAGAACCAAGGCAAUGUGUGCGGUGUAUCCAGGUUCAGGUACCCAUUAUGUCAAACACGUUGAUAAUCCAAAUCACGAUGGACGCUGUGUCACUGCUAUUUAUUAUCUCAACCUUAACUGGGAUGUUAAGAGAGAUGGAGGAGUUCUACGAAUAUAUCCAGAAAGUGAAAAAGAAAAAAUGGCCGAAGUAGCACCUUUGUUUGAUAGACUAAUAUUCUUCUGGUCUGACCGUCAGAAUCCCCAUGAAGUUCAACCAGCCUAUUCAACACGCUAUGCCAUUACCUUGUGGUAUUAUGAUGGACCUGAAAGAGCUCUUGCUACAAAGAAAUUCGAAAUAGAAAAUAAGGUACAAAGAACUAACAUGACGUGACAUUCCUGAAAUAUGUAUUCAAGAAGAAGGAAUUAAAACAAUAACGAAGUUUUUAGUGCUUCUGGUCAUUUUUUCAAAUAUAUGAUUAUUAGUUUUAAUACUAAAUGUGAUGAUUUAUUUUUCAUCUUUUAUUCUAAUAAUUGUCUGUAGAAGGCUAAAAUAUUUUACCUUUAUUUUAAAUAUCCAAAACAGAUAAGUUGAUUUAGAAUUCUCCUUUGUAAAUAUUAUUUACUCCAUAUUGGUGUAGUUUUAUCUUUAACUGUACAAAAGUUACUUCACUAUUAAUUUAUUGAUUUUAUUUGAGUCUGGACAAUCUAUAUUUUGCUAGUUUUAUUGUGAGCUAUCCAAACAAUUUUUAAUGAAACUGGGAUAUCCACUGUCUUGUCUACAUUGAGCACUGUGAUAUCCACUGUCUUGUCUACAUUGAGCAAGUACACUUGAAUCCAUAGUCUCAUUUAAUUUUUUUCAUAUUAUUCAUAUUGGCUCUUAGGCAGAUGAAUAUAAAUAGAUACUAAUUUGUGAAACUAUUCCCUACAUUGGUCUAACUACUCACCUCAAUAAAUUUGAUUAAUGAAAUAUGUACUAACAUUUUUUCAGAUGAAUAAAAACUCACAAUAAAUUUUUUGAACAAGCUGUUUUUACUAAUAUGUGAUGUUUCCAUUUGAUUGUCAUGGAAGAAUUGUUAUGAUGUGUUUUGUUAUGAAUGUUUUUAUUUUACAAUUUUUAAUAUUUUUAUUAAUGUUAUACAAUCGUCAUGAAAUCAUCUUAAUUUUGGUCCUGGGUAUUUCCAGCAUGUUUAGAAAUUAUAAAUAUAUGAUUUAUGGUAAUCAUAAGUAGAUUGUUAAUAUAUGAUCAUUGAAAUCAUCUUUCCUUGAUUCAGACAAUUGAAAGGAAUAUAGGAAUAGACGAUACAUAGGAAAUAUGCAUUUUUACAAUAUAUACAUAUACUUUUUCAAAUUUUGAUCAUAGGGCAUUCAUAUCACUCCUCAAAUUCUGAGCUGAAUUUUUAUUUAUAUUAUUGAGAAACUGAACAAUGUAAAAAUGUUAUAUAAAUGAUAUGAACAGAAAUAUAGUAUUGUAACAAUUGAACAUACGAUAAAUGAAAAACUCUUAUUUUCAAUUACAUUUUCUGAAAUAUAAUUUCACUCUUGAAAUCUUUUUGAAAUUAGAUUGACUUUCAAUAUAAUAACAAAAUAAUUGCUAUUAGGAUCUUACCAGGUUUUGCGAUUUUCAUAUGCCAUUAGGAUUCUGUUGUAUGUCUAAAUUUUAUCAAUGUAAAAAUCAGAUUACUUCUUAACUUUUCUAUUAUUCAUUUAGAGAACUUCACCUACAUUGAAUUUUUUUUGCUAACCAUUAUAAUACACACUAAACCCCAAUCUUACUAUGUCAUAAUAAAUUGAAAAUUUACAAAUUUUACAAAGACUCAUUUUUCCUUUAUCUCAUUUGGAAUAUCUUAAGUAAACACCGGGAGUGAGAUUUUCUAGUAAAAAAUCAUUUUUAUCACCUCAUCACAAUUUGAAAACCAAAUUUUUCGAAUUUGGUUCUUCGAUUUUGAACCUCUGAAGUUUUAGAUCGGAUUUGUAAUGUAGUUUGGCAACUUAUUUUGGAAAUUUUUGUUUUUCUAAUUGAUAAGAAUCUCUAAGUGGUGGAUAGACCGAUUUUCAGAUUCAACAUUAACAAAAACAAAUUUUAAAGAUUAAAUUUUUUGAAAUUGAGAAGCUGUAAACACUUAUUGUGAAAUGAAACAGAUGAAAUGAUUUGUAUGAGGUACAUAAUUUCCUUCUUUUCGAUUCUCAUCUAGAAUCUCCAUUCAAUUCCAUAAACACAUUGAAUACAUCGAAGUUAUGGGAAAUCAAUCUAAGGGCCAUGUGAUCUUGCCAUACAAUUGAUAUCUAUAUAUAGUAGAAUUUCUCCUUGGACGUGGACACGACCAAAAAAAUUUAAAGAAUGUGCACACCAAUUUCGAUUUCUAACUCUUUUUCAUUUUGGAAUGAUGUAGUUAAAUAUUCCUCUAAUCCUACAGUCUGCGUCUAUUCAUUGCCCGCAUUUCAAGCUCUAGUUUUGUCAUUGCUUUGGAUGUUCGUCACUGAAAAAUGCCAAUGCAUGUUUGUGUUAGUCUUAUGUUUCUAUUCAAGUCAUUCAUUCUUUACUAGCCAAUCUUGAAAUUCAAAGAAAAUUUUUGAAAAAAUUUAUUGUCUACAAAGCAAACAGUGUAUUGAAAUUUCACUUUUCAGCUUAAUCAACAGCGUGCUGCAAAAUUACCAAUAACUCAU